GGCCUUGACUCAUACACACACGCACCCACACACAUCGGCUGUAGAAAGGAGUCAAGUGAGGGACAUAUUCAAUGUCUGAAAAAAUGCAAAUGGACAAGAACAAAAGCCUUGAGAUCUCUCACCAAGAGGAUGACGGUGAUGGGAAAAAGAAAAAGAAACCAAAGAAGUACAAGGGCCAGCCAUGGGCUAAAGAGGGUCCACCGGACCCAUUUAAAGUGUUGGAUUCUCUACCUGAAGAGAAGCAGCAGGAGAUCCAGAGAGCGCUACACCUCUUCUCUCUGAGCCAGGGUCCACCUAAGAGCCUAAAAGAAGCCCACAAGCACAAAUUCAGCUUCUGGAACAGCCAGCCAGUCCCUAAGAUAGGAGAGGAAGUGCGUACACAUGGACCCAUACAGUCAGAAAAGCCAAAUAUUCGACAGGAGUCCUAUUCUCUCCCUGAAGGCUUCUGUUGGGACUCGCUAGACCUAGAUACAGCAGAGCAACUGGGGGAGCUGUGUACAUUGCUUAAUGAAAAUUACACAGCAGAGGAUGACAACACACUUCGUUUCUACUACUCCCCUGAAUUCCUGCUAUGGGCGCUGUGUCCCCCUGGUUGGCAGCCUGAGUGGCACUGUGGAGUGCGUGUCAACUCUAACAAAAAACUUGUGGGCUUCAUUAGUGCUGUCCCUGCCACGGUUAAAAUAUACGACGUGGAGAAGAAGAUGGUGGAGGUAAACUUCCUGUGUGUGCAUAAGAAGCUACGCUCCAAGCGUAUGGCUCCAGUCCUUAUCCGUGAGAUCACUAGGCGGGUCCAGCAGCAGGGUUUAUACCAGGCUCUCUACAGUGCCAGUGUUGUGCUACCAACUCCUGUGACAAGCUGCAGGCACUGGUUUCGAUCCCUGAACCCACGCAAGUUGAUUGAGUUGAAUUUCUCUUCUCUUCCACGCCACAUGAACCUGCAGCGUGCAUGCAAACUGAACCGACUGCCAGAGAUGACCAAGACUGCUGGGCUACGCCUCAUGACCUUGGCUGAUGUACCCAAAGUUUAUGACCUUCUGAGAGAGUAUCUAAAAGACUUUCAUCUUCUCCCCAUAUUAAACAAGGAAGACACUCAGCACUGGUUCCUGCCCAGAGAUGGCAUCAUUGAUACUUAUGUUGUCGAGGGUUUAGGUGGUGUAAUAACUGAUAUGGUAAGUUUCUAUACCAUGACUUCGACUGUUUUGAACCACCUUAUUCAUCGGAGCCUGAAGUCAGCACACGCUCUUUACACAGUCACCACUGUUACUCCUCUACAGCAGCUUAUGGAAGAUGUCCUCGUGAUAGCAAAAGCUAGACGAUAUGAUGUGUUCAUUGCUCUGGAUGUUAUGAGAAACAAGGAAUUUCUGGAACCUCUAAAGUUUACACAAGGAGACAACACGACACAUUACUACCUUUACAACUGGACAUGCCCUAACAUCACCCCAGAUAAGGUGACCACAGUAUUACAAAUAAGUGUGUGAUGGAUUUCUCAUGUUGCUUACAUUUUGCAGCUGUAGAAUAAACUGUGUGAAGGCAGAGAGUGAAACAGAAGCAACGGAUCAAACAGAGAUGUAAACAUGGUUGUUC